CAAAACAAUUCCGAGCUCUUCUUCUCCCUCCUCCUUCUCUGAUCCAAUCCAACCUCGCCUCGCCAUCUCCUCGAUCUCUCCUCCUCCGCCACUAAUUCCUACAAUUCAACUCCACUCAAUCGCCCUCCCCGCAAUUGACCAGACAUGCCUUGUAAAAAAGCUCUGUUCUUGUUGUUCUAGUUUGUUGCGAAUUGACGCGAGCUCGGGAUGGCGUCCGAGCAGUUAAUGCAGGGCGGGAGCGGCCCCCGCUACUUCCAGAUGCAGUCGGAGCCGUCCGUGUCGGCGAUGUCGUCCCUCUGGCCGGGCUCCGGCGAGCCCGCUCGGAUGUUCGACGAGUUGCCCAAGGCCACGAUCGUCUCCGUCUCCAGGCCCGACGCCAGCGACAUCAGCCCCAUGCUCCUGUCCUACACGAUCGAGUGCCAAUACAAGCAGUUCAAGUGGCGCUUAUUGAAGAAAGCUUCCCAAGUCUUGUACUUGCACUUUGCACUGAAGAAACGAGCUUUCAUCGAGGAAAUUCAUGAAAAGCAGGAGCAGGUUAAAGAAUGGCUUCAAAAUCUAGGAAUUGGAGAUCAUGCACCGAUGGUUCAAGAUGACGAUGAUGCUGAUGACGAGGCGGUUCUGCUGCAUCACGAUGAGAGUGUGAAAAAUAGAGAUGUUCCCUCCAUAGCCGCUCUCCCAGUUAUUCGGCCAGCCCUGGGUCGGCAACAUUCUAUUUCGGAUAGAGCAAAGAAUGCAAUGCAGGAGUAUUUAAAUCAUUUUCUUGGGAACAUGGACAUUGUUAAUUCUCGAGAGGUCUGCAAGUUCCUGGAGGUUUCUAAAUUGUCUUUCUCUCCUGAAUAUGGUCCAAAGCUGAAAGAAGAUUAUGUAAUGGUGAAGCAUCUACCCAAAAUUCCAAGGCCUGAUGAUUCCAGAAAAUGUUGUUCCUGUGGGUGGUUCAGUUGCUGUAACGAUAAUUGGCAGAAGGUAUGGGCUGUGCUGAAACCUGGGUUCUUAGCAUUGCUGGCGGAUCCCUUUGACACAAAACCGCUGGACAUAGUUGUCUUUGAUGUACUCCCUCCCUCUGAUGGUAAUGGAGAAGGCAGAGUGUCACUGGCAAAAGAAAUAAAGGACCCCAAUCCCCUGCGCCAUGCAUUUCGGGUGACUUGUGGUAAUCGGAGCAUUAGGGUAAGAGCAAAGAGUAGUGCCAAAGUCAAAGACUGGGUGGCUGCAAUAAAUGAUGCUGGACUUAGACCUCCUGAAGGCUGGUGUCAUCCCCAUCGUUUUGGCUCUUUUGCGCCUCCACGAGGUUUGACAGAGGAUGGUAGUCAGGCCCAGUGGUUUGUUGAUGGGCAAGCUGCAUUUGAUGCAAUUGCUUCAUCGCUUGAUAAUGCAAAAUCUGAGAUUUUUAUUUGUGGAUGGUGGUUGUGCCCGGAAUUGUAUUUAAGGCGUCCUUUUCAUUCUCAUGCUUCCUCAAGGCUUGAUGCUUUACUGGAAGCAAAAGCCAGGCAAGGAGUUCAGAUUUACAUUCUUCUCUACAAAGAGGUUGCGCUUGCUUUGAAAAUUAACAGCAUGUACAGCAAAAGAAAGCUCCUUAACAUUCACGAGAAUGUGAGAGUGCUGCGAUAUCCUGAUCAUUUUUCCAGUGGUGUUUACCUAUGGUCCCACCAUGAAAAACUUGUCAUUGUUGAUAACGAGAUUUGCUUCAUUGGAGGUCUAGAUUUAUGUUUUGGUCGUUAUGACAACUCUGAACACAAGGUGGGUGAUAAUCCUCCCACUAUAUGGCCUGGAAAGGACUACUACAACCCGAGGGAGUCCGAGCCAAAUUCUUGGGAAGAUGCAAUGACAGAUGAAUUGGAUCGCAAAAAAUAUCCUCGCAUGCCCUGGCAUGAUGUGCAUUGUGCUCUUUGGGGACCUCCUUGCCGCGAUAUUGCCAGGCAUUUUGUCCAACGGUGGAACUAUGCAAAGAGAAACAAGGCUCCAAAUGAGGAAGCAAUUCCUUUACUCAUGCCUCAGCAACACAUGGUCAUUCCACAUUACAUGGGAAGCAAAGGUAUAGAGAUUGAAAGAAAGAAUGUUGAAGACAGUAACAAGAUUCUCCAAAGACAGGAUUCCUUUACCUCUAGAUCAUCUUUGCAAGAUAUUCCGCUGCUUUUACCCCAAGAACCUGGUAGCAUGGAUACUCCACUCACUGGAAGUCCAAAACCUAAUGGUUUUAGCUCUACUGGUCAUGUAACUGAUCAUCAGAGCAGGAUCAUCAGGAACCAACCUUUUUCUUUUCGGAAAUCAAAAGCUGAAGCACUGGUUCCAGACAUGCCCAUGAAAGGUUUUGUUGAUGACCGUGAAUUGGAGCUUCAUCGCAAAGUGCCUUCAACCAGUGGGAAAAAUUUAGAUUCAGAAUGGUGGGAAACACAGGAGCGGGGUGAUCAAAUGGUAUCGCUAGAUGAAACUGGGCAAGUCGGUCCUCGCACUUCAUGCCGGUGUCAGGUUAUCAGGAGUGUAAGUCAAUGGUCUUCUGGAACAAGCCAAACCGAAGAAAGUAUUCACAAUGCUUAUUGUUCUCUUAUUGAGAAAGCAGAACACUUUAUCUAUAUAGAGAAUCAAUUUUUUAUAUCAGGUCUUUCAGGAGACAUGAUAAUAAGGAAUCGAGUGUUAGAAGCUCUCUAUCGCCGGAUUCUUAGAGCACAUAAUGACAAGAAGCACUUCAGAGUUAUCAUUGUCAUACCUCUCCUACCAGGAUUCCAGGGUGGGCUCGAUGAUGGUGGCGCUGCAUCUGUCAGAGCCAUAAUGCACUGGCAGUAUCGAACUAUUUACAGGGGGAGUAAUUCGAUAUUGCACAAUCUGUAUAAUUUGCUGGGUUCAAAAGCACACGAUUUCAUAUCUUUCUAUGGUCUUAGAGCUUAUGGGAAGCUUUCUGAUGAUGGUCCAAUUGCAUCUAGCCAGAUUGGAAUACUUAUUGAAGAUACGGAGUUUGUUGAUUCUGCCAUGGGAGGAAUGCCAUGGAGCGCUGGAAGAUUCUCUCUGAGUCUUCGUCUCUCAUUGUGGUCUGAGCACCUUGGUCUACGCCCUGGAGAGGUGAAUCGAAUAAUCGAUCCUGUGGUUGAUUCUACUUACAAGGACUUGUGGAUGUCAACUGCAAAGAUGAAUACCGCGAUCUACCAGGAUGUCUUUGCUUGCUUACCCAAUGAUCUCAUACAUUCCAGACUCGCUUUGAGAGAAAGCGCAGCGGGUUGGAAGGAGAAACUCGGAUACACCACCAUUGAUUUAGGAAUAGCUCCUGACAAGCUUGAGUCUUACCACAACGGAGAACUUAGACGGAUCAAUCCCAUGGACAGAUUAGAGUCAGUGAGGGGCCAUCUCGUUUCUUUUCCCCUGGACUUCAUGUGCAAGGAAGAUCUAAGACCCGUGUUCAACGAGAGCGAGUACUACGCAUCUCCACAAGUUUUCCACUGAGCUCUAUCCCCCUCAGCUCCUCAGGAAUGUCUGGGGUUACGCUGUAUCUCACUGUUGCAAAUAGGUUUUUUCUUGGAAGAGAUUUUGCUUCAUCGAGUUGGAGGAAGGUAGAGGGCAGAUAAAUUAUUCUUUGCCUUUCGAGGGAAUGUAACAUAGCUCACAUCAGAGGGAUACUCUUCUCGUACUCAUCUUGCGAUUCUGCAGUUCAUUGCUGCAUGGUCAGUUCUUCGUCGAUUUUUUCUUCCUUCUCUUAUUUAUUUCACACCAAUUACAGUCAAAUUUCGUCAUGUACAGAUUGAAACACAAUGUAAAAUUGAUACUAUAGUUCACGAAUGGUUCAUGGAACCUUUUCUUUUGUUCUCAACGAAGAAACGCUUCACUUUCGGA